AUGAUCUGCUCUUGUUGUCGCCACGUCCUUGAGCUCAGGAAGGACUACGCGCUGACCAGUAACGAGCGAGACGGCGCGGAUCCCCCCAUACCACACCACCGCGAUAGCACAAGUCUGACGGCCUCUGUGGACGCUGGAUGUUAUAUUUGCAAUCGACUUUGGGCCGCUCUGGAUAUCGAAGAGCGAUGCAAGGUCAGGCAAUCAAAUGGUGAACCGACGAAACGAAAGACUCCAGCAACCGAGUCACCUCUCACUUCGGUGUUUUGGGAAGACGGAGCAGCACUCGCAUAUCCCCGCGCCUUUUUACUACAACUCACUUUUGACCGAGGCCAAGUUAUGGAUCUAGAGAGAAAUCCAAGGAAAGGAUUUUUCCGCGCAACUGUUCUGCUUCUUCCACAAGAAUCUGAACACCCACAAUGCGGUGCCAAACCAAAUGCAUCUACCACUACGCAGUGGUACCCCAGUCGCCUCCUGGAUACAGGACCUCUAGACCAGGAGAGCUCAAGUUGCCGACUCGUCCUACCGAACAUCACCCCUAUCCAAGGCUCUUACGCGACACUUAGCCAUUGUUGGGGUACGAAGGAGUCUUUCAACCUUACAACAAGCAACUAUGCACAACUACAGCAGGAAAUCGCAUUCGACACCCUCCCUCCCCUGUACCGUGACGCCAUGGAAACGAGUCGGCGCCUUAACAUUCGGUACCUGUGGAUUGACUCCCUAUGUAUUAUUCAGCACGGUGAUGACUUCGUUGACUGGAAAUACGAAUCAAUGCACAUGGACAAGAUCUACUCAGGGUCCUUUGUCAACAUCUCAGCGGCCGAUGCCCCAGACGCGAACCACUCCCUCUUUCACGACCGCAAUCCCGAUGCUCUGUGUUCGCAGAUUGUAGAGCUUCCUGUUGGUUCACAAACUAAUCGCUUUCUCUUGAUGGACUAUAACUUCUGGAGGACAGAAGUCUCCAGCGCGGUCAUCAACACAAGAGCCUGGGUGCUCCAAGAGAGACUCCUCUCUCCUAGAGUGCUUUACUUUGGUCAACGGCAGAUUCUAUGGGAGUGCCAUCAAAAAGAAGACGCUGAGGUUUAUCCGGAAGGCUUACUGAUAGAUCUAACUCGAUUUCCCAGUCGGUUCAAGGGCUUUUGUCACAACCAAAUGGGUUGGAGACCCCGGGAUCACGGCGAUCUGUCAAAGUACCAUUACUGGUGCAACAUUGUGAAUACCUACACUCGAGCUAAGUUGACAUUCCCCGGCGAUAAGUUGAUUGCACUUUCAGCGGUCGCGAAGGCUAUGAGAGUGUUACUUCAGGAUAGCUAUGCUGCAGGGAUGUGGCGCCGCUAUCUAGAGCGGCAACUGAUGUGGUCUGUCGCUGUCGGCGAGGCGCAAGCCAGGCCAUCAGUCUACCGGGCCCCGAGUUGGUCUUGGGCGGCGGUAGAUGGACACAUUACUCCGGGUAUCAUGGACGUCGAAGCAGUGGAAAUGUUGAUCGAGGUACAGGAUCUACAUCUCGACUAUGUUACAAGCGAUACAACAGGCCUGAUCAGCGGUGGGUGGCUACAGCUCUGGGGGUGCCUCAAGAAACUUGAGCUUCUGCCCGAUGCCUUGUUCAGCAGUCAUAGCAACAACUACGAGUUCUUGAUGAUGAUUGUUGAUGGCGUUUCGGUCAGUGUCCGCGCUGAUUCAGUCAUGAAAGAAUAUCAACCACACGUUUAUCUCGAUGACAACCAGCAAUGGGUCAGCACACAGAACCAUCGACCGGAACUAUUCUGUAUGCCAGCCAGAACAAGACCAGGCAAUGACGGAAGCAUCUACAUGCUAUUGCUGCAGCUUAAAAAUGGAAAAGACGGCACCUUUCGUCGCAUUGGAAUCGCCCGCGGUUGGGGCAAGGAGUUGAGAGAGAGCUUGCUAGCAAGCAAUGCGGAAGAGAGUACCUUGCCGUGCGUAAAGUAUGAGGGAGGUCGACACCUAGUUCGGAUCGUUUAG